CCAAUCAGAAAAAGUUCAUUCUCGCUAGCAAUAGACAUCGAAUUUGCAGUACAAAAGAUUCCUCCGUCCCUUUUCUAUAAAAUAAUCUUUUGACUUGCCUUGUACCUACUACAAAAUCUCAAUAAAAACAUUUGUUUCAGUAAUGCGGGGUGGGGGUGACGUUUGUUGUCGCGAUGGCGCGCGCGCAGCAGCUGCGUUUGCUGCUAUGGAAGGACUACCUCAUACGGAAACGGAAACUGAUAACUCUUGUAGGGAUAGCAUGGGCUAUAGCAGUCAUGUCCAGCUUAUACAUAGUAAGAGUAAAUGUAGAUAAUCAAGACUUCCCCACAUGUUCAUUUCCAGCUCGAGCGCUGCCCAGCUCUGGGCUACUAACGUUCCUGCAAUCUUUCUUAUGUGGUGUAAAUAAUGAAUGCUCGCCGAUGAAUCAAUUCGACGAAAUACCCACUUACGAAGAUUCCAAAUUAACCCAAUUGCAGCGUAAGUUCUCACCGUUGAUAUACAACGAGACCGUCUUAGAUGUGGCUGGAACAACGCCGGACGCAUUGAAACUGCUCUCCACGUUGACCGACAUCGUGGACCAACCAACCUUUGUUGAUAUCAGCAAAAAUGGUUUACGUGUUAAGGACCUUUUCAAAAGUCCGGACAGAGUGAAAAGAACAAUAGCUUCAGAGUUGCAUCUUCCAAAUGAAGUGACUGACGCGGUCAUGUCGGCAGAAAUCAGUUUCCAAGGUUUGCUUAAAGGAGGGUUAGACAGAUGUAGCGCACAAUUCCUAUCAGACAUUCUUACAAUACAAGACAAAGAACAAGUGGAUAUUUUAGCAAAAAAGCUAUGUUCUCUAUCUGAUGAGCAGUUGCAAAAGAUAGCAAUAAAACUCAUGAUGGAAGUGAAUUUUGAGAAAUACAUUGUUAUGGUUGGCGACAUGUACUAUAAAUUGUCUGGUGAUAACAGCAUCUCCCAGCUGGGUGCCACAUUAUCUGCGGUGAUGCACAUGACCAGAAUCGAGAGCUUCUUACCUCCAGAACUAGUCAAUUUGUUUCUGGGAACAGAUGCUGAGUUCAGUUACUUCAAUAUGACUAUAAUACCAAAGAUAAUCAAAACCUUUGAACCAACGUUCGGUGACACUGAAGUCUAUAAAACACUUAACGAUUUGUCCGAAGCACUAGUAACAGGAGUACGAUAUUUAAACAGAAUAGUCAAACCAGCAACAAACAGUGCCAUCGAUGACCUCAGGGUUAAGGAAGAUGGACCAAUAAGUAUUUUACCAGCUGCACAGCUUUUCAGAAAUGCAAUCACAGUAUUUGAAGAGACUACGAAUAAUACUUCAGAUGGAGUUUUUAAUGUGAUAGGUCAAAUAACCAAGUUCAUAUACAAGUUCCUACCAGACGAUAUCAAAUUCGAAGUGUCAUUUUACUCAACCUUGUUCGCAAAACUCAUGGAAGGAGCUCUUAAAGUUAUCGAUAUAAACACGCACAUUCAGCAGAUGGCCUAUGACGUGUCCUUGAGGAACGCCGACGGUGUUAAAGUUUUGACAAGUCUGCCAGUUAAUGUUGUGGGAAAAGGGUUCGAUGCUUUGGCUGAUGCUGAAAGGACACAGAUCCUGACAUCGAAACUGAAUUUCCCAAAUCAGAUGUUUUGCGACAGCAGUAGGAUCGCAGGGUUCUUCUGGAUUUCAAAAAAUGAAGCCGAUGAUUUGAAGAAUAUUUUGUGUACCAACGCGUGGAAAGCCUACAUUAGCGAUUUGAUCAAAUCAUUUGGAAUUUACGACGUCAAAGAUAAUAUAAAUAUAAUGGCUUCAUUGGUCAUUCAAAGAACUUUGGGCAAGGACGUAACUGACCAGUUGUAUUCACUAGAAAGAACGUUUGAUGUGAUAAAGAACUUUACAAAUGCACUGAGUAAAAUUCACGAAGUGGAGAAACCCGAAGUUGAAUGGCUCAAACUGUUCAAUGUAACUGAAGAUUCAGAAUUUAUGAAAGUCGUCAAAGCGAAAGGACAUCUUGGAAAGCAAAUGUUAAUAACAGUCCACGGUGCUCUAGCUAAAGAGGUAGUUAAGCAGAAUCCAUUGCUUGAGUACAAAAUAUCUCCGACCUUGAUAGACAUCACCACAAUUGUAGGAGCCAUCAAUGAACAACUUGGACUAAUGCCACCAGAGUUGAUAGUGAAAUUGAAGAAACAGUAUCCUGAUAUCCUGCAGACAAUGUUAUUGACCAUGCUUAGUGAAGAGAAGACCUACAAAUGCCUUUCAACGUCAUCUAACGACAUCGUGUGCAGCAAUAACAGAACCUUAGCUUCUGCAUCAUCAUACUUGGAGUUCCCUGCAACUGCUGAAGACGAUCUCGUUUCAACACUUUGCGACACAUCCGAAGUCAUUGAGAAUGGUUUGAAAGCCGACUCUAUAAUUGCUAAGGCUAUAGUCAAAGUAUCAAAUUCGUCCCACAGUCCAUUAGAAAUGAUAAACUGGACCAAACUGAUAAACAAUGUGAAGGGUUUAUACAUGAAACUGAAUACAGACUUGCCAUACCUUUUCGAAUACAAAACAUAUGGCAUGAAUGAGGAGGUACAAUCUCGAGUUAUGCAAUUAAUGGAGGCGGCUAAAGAGUUCUGGUUCAAUUUAAGUCACAUCGACAGAAGUGUGCAUUUAAGUUUGAAGUUACUGUUUCGUCUCCUCGAUUUGAUGGACCACGAAAUCUUCAACAUUAGUGAUAAAGUCUGGAUCACAGUUAAACAGGUCCUCAGCGUGUCUACUGGACCAUUUAAUAUCAUCGCGGACAUUAUUGAAGACUUGAACGCACUCAUCAGCAACAAAGAAACGUAUACAUCAAAAUUGCCGGGAAAGACCACAAUGGCUCUGAGUGCUAUUGUGCCAAACGUGCCACAUUUGUUUGUGGACCUUGCCAACAUCAUUGUCAACGAUGACACUGACACAACACCAAUUAUCGCCCUAAUGAACUCAAACCCACCUUGGCCAUGUUCCACCAUCAGUAUCUCGGAACAUUUGACCCUGAGCGACAAUUCCAAGAUGGCGGUGAAAGGAAUGGAAACUCUGAUCUGUCUGGAUAUGGAGUUACAACAAGAGUGGAAAGACUAUAUCGAUGAAAAUAGUCUUAAUGAAUCCAGUCCACACAUAUUCCUGAAGUUCUCAUCAGUGCUAGACUCCCUGAUAUCCGGUGUGAGCUCUCUACGUCUAAUUCUGAGUGAUGUCUUCAAUGAGAACUCCACAGUCAUCAACGGAGAUAUGAGUCUGAUGGCCGCGUGGAAGUAUGCCGUAGAUACUAUCAACGCUUCUGAUAAGAAUGUCACUUUUAGCAAUUUCUUCACCAAAUUCGACACUGUUCUCACGGCAGUCAAUACUGGUGUCACAAACCAGCCCACCAGCUCCAUCUGGGAGGAUUUCGUCAAAUGCAGCAACAAGAGUUUGAUCACAGAUGACUGCAAACUGAUCGGCAGGGCCGCCUGGAAAUUCACAUUGGAAUCAUUGUCAGUGGCCCUGGAGAACAUGGCGGGUGACCUGAUGACGUAUUUCAAAGAAGUUCACGAGCCUGAUUCCAACUUACUUCAACUGCUCGGGUUUACAAGAAGAACCGGACUUUAUAUUCUGUACGAUAAGCUGCCCGAAUUCAUAGGGACUUUAAUCAAUUCUUAUUGGGACUACGGUUUUAUGACCCAGAUACGAAGAGCAUCACUUUCGGAGUUUUGGGAUUGUGAAGCAGUAUUAGACUCCCUUGUCCCUCUACCAGGAAACGGGAUAGAUUCUUCCACAAUAGAGAAAGUCAAACCACUUGUCUGUCCGUCACUGCUGCAUUGGAUAUCACUACCAAGAGGAGACAAUACACUUCUUGAUGUUAUCGCUAAACCUCAAUAUUACUUCUUCACAUUACCAGUACAAAAUUUAUCAAGCAGUUACAAAAACGCGUUUAACAAAGCAACUGAUCUCACCAACUUACUAAUGGAAAUAGCUAAAGAAAAUGAAACUCUUAUAACAGAAAACGACGUAAAAUUAAACACCAUCCAAGAUAAAGUUUCAAAAACUGUAGACAAAAUUUUAAAUUAUAAAAUCAAUGCGUCUGAUCCAUCAUAUAGAUUGUAUACUGAAAUUAAUAGAAAGCAAAUCCACUCCAUGACUUACUUGACCAGAAUUGUAGCUGUUAUAAAUAAAUUGGCAACAGCAAUGGAUAACCUAAAAGUUGAUGAAAUUAAAACUGAUCAGAAUGAGGCUGAUUUGAAAAAACUUGACAAAGACUUGUAUAGCAUACAAAAAAUGUUUAAAAGAAGACCUUCGGAUGCGGUUGCAUUACAUUUUGAUGUACUUACAAAGAUAGUAUGGACCAAUGAUAAAAGGUUUCAAAUUGUAAACGGCUUGGAUGAAAUGUGUGAAGAUAUGAAGACUAAUGAUACUACCAAUGAUAUUCUUAAUGAAGGAGAUAGGUUAAAAGCGCAGAUUUGUGCUAAAAAUUAUAAAUCAGUGUACGGAGCGAUAGAAAAUACUAUAACAGAAGAUUUUGAGGAUUCUAAACAAGCAUUGUCCAAAUUGGUUGAUGUUUUACAAUACGGCGAUAUACAGAAUAUAACUAAUAUCUCAGAAUUUCUCAACCAAAGAAAACAACUAAUAAAAACUAUGAAAUCAUCAAUCAAAUAUGCCUACGACCUAAGCAUUCCAGUCUAUCUGAAAUAUCUACAGAAUAGUUUGGAGAACUACAACGUCAUCCUGAGUUUCCUUGCCGGUGACGACUGGUGGGGUGAACUGAGGACUUUGUACAAUGGACCUCAUGCUAACACCUUUUUGGAUACAGUGGAGAUGAGCUGUGAUAUCGCUGAAGAUAUACUGUCGAAACUGGAUAACAUACAUUUAGUACGUCUCCUACAUGAUAUAGACGUUAACAACUCGGCAGCAUUCUGCCGGUCAAAUGUUACGCUCUCAGACUACAUACCAGACGUCACGGGAGCUUUGUCUAAACUGAAACAAGAUGUGUGUGGAACUGACAGAGUGGAGGUCCUGAGGGAAAUUCCUCCACUAGUUUUUGCGUCACAGGGCUACGACAGCAACCUCAAAUUAUCCAAAGAUGUUAACUACACAACUCUAAAUGAUGUCAUAUUGAAAACAGAAUUUAACCUUAAAAAAGUCGAAGAUGGUCCGAAAUCUCCCGAAAAACCAAGCUGGAUAAGCGAUGAUAAAAUAUCCAGGCUGAGAAAAGUGGCUUCGCAGUUGAUGUCCAAGGAAUCCUUGACAAAGAUAGCUUUUGGACUGACAGGGAACGUAGUUGAUGCUUCGACAUUGUUUUUGAACAAUAGUCAAUGCGUCCUCUGCUCAAAAUUCACGUCCUGGUUCAAGCAGAUCAAUCUCCAACUGAUCAAGAAACAGGAGUACGACAACCUUCUCUGUCACCUCCCCACCAUGUCGCUGGAGGAGGUACAUCAUACCCUGAAGAACGACUUCCAUUGGGACAUGGCUAUCAGAGAGCUUAUAUCGUCCAGAAAUUACACAAAGUACGAGAUGAACAAGUCAGUCAACGAGAUGCUGGAACAGGUGAAGCUGCAUCUCCUGGAAGACCUGACGUCGAACAGCAGCAAGCUGGAGGGCUGUCUCGCGAGGAAUGUCAGCAGGAAUGAAUUCGGGAAUGCAACUAUAUUCCUAUCAGUGCUAGCAUACACAAUCAGGAUGGUCAGGGCGGAGCUGCCGCAUUUUCACGAAGUAGAAGGCAUAAAAGAAGUGCCGUACUUAAAGAAGCUCGCUUCAGAAGUAGCUCAUAAGCUAGAAGUCAUAGCACCACUGAAGGAGUACCUUUUGAAAGAUAACAAUUUGAGCAAACAGCUAAGAAGUGUAGUGUCAAAUGAUUUGGCAAAGGAAAUUGAAGAUGCCGACAUAAAUUUGCAUCUCAUUGGUAAUUACACCCAACUUUCAAUAAAAAAGUAUCUCCGCCUAUCAAAACACGACUGGUUCAACGUUUGUAAUGAUACCAAUUGUGAUGUCCUGUCCGAUAUGGUGUACAAAAAUAUCAACAAAACCUUGGUUAAUAAGAAUUUGCCAAAACUGCAAUCCGAAGAAUAUUGGCGAUUCACCUUCGCGUCUAACAUUCUUUAUCACGUGGAGAAUAUUAUUCACCAUGCUAGUCGCCUGCUCGGCUUGGCUAGCAAUCUGGACGUGUCAGGAGCUAUGGAGGGGCGAUUAACUUCUGUUAUAGAUUUGUUGAUGGAGAUCCUUAGUGAUUACAUGCUAAAUGGAAUAGUUUAUAGUGUCCAAGGCAUUGAAAAUGUACUGCAGCCAAUUUUGCAUGGAACCCCUCUGGAGUUUGACCUGGAUGCAGUCACCAAAGGUCUGGUCAUCCUCAAUGAUAUGAGAAGACAACUAGUAGAACAGGAUGAGCUCAAAGUGGAAGUGUCAACCCUGUUCUCCGACCCGGAACGACUGGAGACGGCCAUGAACCGCAUCGGAAUAAAUAACACCAACUUCUGGUCCAUCGCCGCGCCUCGUAUACACGCUGGACAUCUCAAACUGAAACCUCUCUUCACUUCAAAAGCUGGAGACUAUCACAUCUCCCGUUUCGUCUGCCACCCAGAUUGGAUGUCCAAGGUCAUAGCUCCUGCUAAUCUGGACGUGGUGACCGCUGAAGAUGUUUACGCGGCUGUGAUCGACCAAUUUUGUGUAAUUUCCGAUGGCCAAGCGAAGAAGGUUGCCCUGGUGAUGAUGCAGAAUCUCAACUUCAGCUUUAUUAUGGACCAGGUGACAGAAGUUCUCCUGGUGAAGCUAUACAACGCUUCCCAACUCACAGAGUCUGAAGGAGCCGCGGUUCUCCACAGUCUACCACAAAUGGCUGCACUACUUCCCACCAUUCAGAGCAGUGUUGGCGAUUUGACUGAUAAUUUGGCCAAAGAACCACUUUUCCAGGAGUUGAAGAACUUCAGCUCUGUCGGAAGUCUUCUGUCUUCUGCCAACUUCAUGUCGAGUGCCGGCAGUAUGAUGUGCGGGAAACCAUUUUAUCCAAACGUCAACCGGUUCUACAAGACCGUGGUUCAGGCCAAGGACUUCUCCUCGGAGCCUGACCAGGCUCAACUGGACGUUUUGCCCACUGACUUCUGCCGCUCGCUGUACUCCGAUAUCAUCAACGUGGAGGGCGGUAAGAUAGUGUGGAGCUUCGUCAAGCCUCUGCUGAUGGGGAAGAUCCUGUAUACUCCUGAUACUCCACUUGUGCACAGGAUUAUUGAAAAGGCAAAUGCAAGCUUCGCUCACAUGACCAAACUGACAGGUCUGGUGCACUCCUUCUCCAGAUCCUUCUCAUCCGUGGACAAGUUGUCCAAACACAAAGAUGGAGUCGCAGCAUUGAGGAACAUCUUGAGAUCACCGAGUUUUGGAGAACUGAGGAACAGUCUGCUUGGAGACUGGGAGAUACCUGAUAUGGACGUGGACGGGUUGUUCGAUGAUUUUGAUGAUUUGAAGGGUAUCGGUAACCUGCUAACCAAGGCCUCAGACCUUCUUCAGUGCAUCAACCUGAACCGCUUCCACGCGAUGCCUGACGAGUACCAGCUCAUACAUAAUGCUGCCAAACUCAGUGUCGUCAAUGAAUUCUCAGCUGGUCUCGUCUUUCUGAACGCAGAAAAAUAUACAGAAGUCCCAACCAACAUUGAAUACAAAAUCAGAAUGGACAUCGAUAAUGUGCCUACUACGACCAGGACAAGGAAUUACAUGUGGACACCGGGGCCUGAAGCGAAUUUUCUAGAAGACAUGAGGUACUUCCGCGGCUUCAUUCAGAUCCAGGACCUGGUUGACCGAGCCAUCAUAGAUCUUGCUCGAAACAAGACCAGGUCGAAACGGGAGGCGAGGGAGGAGAUGAAAUGGGCGGUGUACACGCAGCAGACUCCCUAUCCUUGCUAUAGGAAAGAUUUCUUCCAGACGUCUCUGUACGAGUCUCAAGCAUUGCUGGUGGCGUUCUUCUUCUCACUUCUUUACACUGUGGCUUCUGCCGUCCGGUUCAUGGUUGCUGAUAAGGAAUCAGGGAAUACGAUGCUAAUGUCUGUAAUGGGCGUAGACCUCUCCUACCACACGUUGUCGUGGUUCAUCGCGUCUCUCACCGAAAUGACGGCGACAUGCGCGUGCGUCGCCGCCGUGCUGUGGCUGGGGGGGAUACUACCGAGGACUGCGCCGAGUCUCAUCUUCUCAAUACUCUUCGUUUUUGGAGUAUCCGUGCUGUGUUUCUGUUACAUGCUCUCCAAGCUGUUUUCCCAAGCGAGUCUGGCGGCGGUAUGUUCGGCUAUAGCGUAUUUGAUCACAUUCAUGCCGAUCGUUCUUAUUCUCUCGUUGGAAGCCGUCAUGUCCGCAUCGUACAAGAUUAUUGUGUGCCUGUCGAUGUCCUCCGCAUUAUGCUACUCCUUCCUCUACAUCGCCCGGUACGAAGCCAUGGGCGUGGGCGCGACCUGGGACCAGCUGUGGACUGCCCCGGUGGACGGCGAAGACAUGAGCAUAGGAAUGGCAGCCGCCAUGUUGGUUUUCGAUGCCGGACUAUAUUUGGCUAUUGGCUGGCUUAUCGAUAGAUUCUUUGGCCCUAAAACAUUACGAAGCAACAUCACUCACUGCGUGACCUCCGGUGAGAAGGCCGGUGUCAGCAUCGUCAAUAUCACCAAGGUCUACAACGAAGGCUCUAGAAGGCAGAAACUGGCUCUGGACAAUGUUUCCGUGGAGUUGCACAAAGGGCAGAUCACGACGUUGUUGGGUCACAACGGUGCUGGUAAAACCACACUUAUUAACAUCCUGACCGGCAUGCUGAAGCCCACAAAAGGUCACGUGACGAUCAGGUCUGAAAGCCCAAGCGGCACCCGCCUGGGUUUGUGUCCUCAGAAAGACGUCCUCUUCGAGUACAUGAGUGCGAGGGAACACGUGGCCUUGUACGCUCAGCUGAAGACCGGUCUCUCUAUGGAGGCUGUGAGAGACGAGGUUGAGAGUAUGCUCCAAGUAUUAUCCCUGGGUCAAAUGGCGUCAUCUCCAGUCUGCCGUCUCUCUGGGGGGACCAGAAGGCGUGUGUGCGUGGGUCUGGCGUUCGUGGGUCGCCCGCAGUUAGUGGUGCUGGACGAACCCACAGCUGGGGUUGACCCGGCUGCUAGGCGCGACAUAUGGUCAAUGAUAGUGAAGCUCAAAGAAGACAGGACGAUUCUUCUAACUACCCACCAUUUGGAUGAAGCAGAGCUGCUGAGCGAUCAAAUUGUAAUAAUGCACAAGGGUCAAAUCCACACGACUGGUUCCCCAAUCGAAAUCAAACGCACCCUGGGCACUGGCUACAAGCUUAACGUCUUCUUCCCGAAGAAGGAAGACUUGCCUGAUGAAGAAGACUUCUCCAUUGAGGAGAAGACCAAAGAACUAUUGGCCUUGGUGCGCGACAUCAUCAAGAAUGGUUAUUUGAUGGACGUGAUCGGUGUGGAAGUGGAAAUUGCUCUGCCGUUCUUUGAUACUAACGGAUUGAACAACAACUUCCUCCAACUAUGCGAGGUGUUAGAAGGCGCCCAGUCUGCGUUAGGUUACCAGAACUACAGUCUGGACUGCAGCAGUCUGGAACAGGUGUUCUUCAACAUCUGCGACCAAAUGGACACGGCACCACAUUCUAUUGAAUACAUGCCAGAAGACUCUCCAUCCAAGAGCGCUUCCAGCACCAGCAUUAGGAAUGACAGCGUUCCUCUUGUAAGUGGAGACGGGCCUCUGAAGGGCACCCUUUGUCAACAGUUCCUGGCACUACUUUAUGCCAGAUACAUACAUUAUACUCGGAACAGAUGGCUUCUCUUCCUGCUGAUAGUAUUACCGUCUCUCUUCGUGACCAUCGCCAUGGCCUUCUCCACGAUCAGGCCUCCAGCUGACAACGAGAUCUCCCUGAAACUAGACCCAAGCCUGUAUCAAAAUGCCACGGAAUUCAUUAUAUCUAGUCCAUCGGUGUACUCAAAAGAUAUGGAUCCAUCAUUUGCCCAGAAUGUUAUGGCUACACUAAGGAUGGACAAGGAAUUCAAGAACUGGACAAAAGACGAUACGCCGACAUGCGCUUGUAGUGAAACGCAUCAAAUAUGCAACUUUACAGACACACAGACAAGACCUCGGAUGAUGAUACUGCCAAAUGUAAAUGUCACUAACGACUGGCUUAUAGCAACACAGGAGAUGUACAUCGAGAAAAGAUACGGCGGCUUUUCAUCAGCUCUGAAGAACAACAAGACGAUCUUAGUCGCCUGGUACAACAAUAAGGGUCACCAUUCAAUGCCGGCCUUCCUCAGCGCUCUCAACACAGCCGCCUUGAAGGCAGCAGCCGGGGAAUCAGCCUCCAUCACAACUUACUCUCACCCCAUGAAGAUCUCUAAGGAGCAGAUCUCCAAGGACACCGUGUACCAGCACGUCGCCGACGCCGGCAUCUCCGGGCUGGUGCUGAUAGCGUGCAGCCUGGUGGGGGCGGGGUCCGCCGCCGCGCUGGUGGCCGCCAGGGUCAGCCAGCAGAAGCGGUUGCAUUACCUGAGCGGGGUGCCCCCGGCCUUGUACUGGGGAGUCGCGCUCGCUUGGGACAUGAUCAUAAUAACAAUCAACAUGGUGAUCACGGUGAUAGUGAUGGAAGCCUUCCACUUCCCAGUGUUCGUGGCGAGGAACAACCUGCCGGCUAUCUGCGUACUCAUAUUGUUGUUUGGCUAUGCUUGCGGCAACCUCGUCCACUUGUCUGAGAAGCUGUUCACUGACCCCAGCAUGGCCAACAUGGUCCUUUUCUGCGGGAACACCUUCCUGGGACUGUCUGGGAUCGCCCUGCUCCUCAUAUUGGACAUCAUCUCCGAAUCUGAGGCUACAGAUAACGCGCGCUGGGUCCUCCACAAGAUCUUCAUGCUGUCACCUCAGUUCGCCUUGGGAGAUGGACUCUUGGAGAUCGCGAAGAACACUAUUCAGGCACAGGUCCUCGGCCGCUUCGGAAUGGAAACCUACCGGGACCCAUUCUCCAGCGACCUCAUAGCGCUCCAUUGCACUGCCCUGGUCGUGGUCGGCACAUUCCUGAUGCUGCUCAAUUUGGCUGUCGAAUAUGAUUACUUUGAAGGGAUUCUUGCCAGAUUCAGCAAAGAAUCGAUUCCUGAACAAUCCGGCGAGAUGGAAGAAGUUGAGGUGUCGGAGGAGCGCCGCCGCGUGAAGAACGCUAUCAGCCGGGCGGGCGACGCGCAGGUCACGCUGCGCACCAUCGGCAACAUCAACGCUGGUUUCGUGAACACAGAGGAUUGCAACAAGAAGUCACCAAAACGCAUGGCGUCGGCGGACUCCGACGUGGCGGCCUGUGUGGACCUCAGCAAGGUUUACUGGACGCUGGGCAAACCCAGGGUCGCUGUUAGAGCGCUCACGCUUGGCUUCCCGGCUGGACAGUGCACAGCAUUACUUGGCCAAAACGGGGCAGGCAAGUCGACCACGUUCGCCAUGCUGACCGGUCAGGUCAGGCCGAGCUCGGGUCAGGUGUACCUCCACGGCCGCCCUGUCAGCGCCAGGCAACUUUGUCAAGGCCAUAUCAGCUACUGCCCUCAGAGUGACGCCAUAGAUCCCCUGAUGACGGUCAGGGAAACACUGAUCAUGUAUUGCAGGCUGCGCGGGAUCACUGAGCAAGAUGAUGUGAUCCGCCGUACCCUGGACGCGUUUUCCCUGAGCCGCUACGGCGACGUGCGCUGUGGCGCCCUCAGCGGCGGCAACAAGAGGAAACUCUGCGCCGCCAUCGCCAUGAUGGGCAGGAACGACUUGGUGCUGUUGGACGAGCCUACCAGCGGCAUGGACCCGGCGUCGCGCGCAUGCGUGCGGCGCGCCGUGCGGGCGGCGUGCGCGCGCGGGCGCGGCGUGCUGCUGAGCACGCACGCGCUGGCGGACGCGCGCCGCCUCGCCGCGCGCGUCGCGCUGCUGCGGGCCGCGCUCGCGCUCGUCGCCGGCCUCCACUCCCCCCACAGGUAGU